AUGUCGGCCGCAAAGGCACCUCUCAACCCGGAGCUUCGCUCAUCUUCCUUCGGUCUGAACGAGCUAUGCUUCGAUUAUGUCCUUCGAGUUGCAUUCGAUGAUACCGCUACAGGAGGUAUUCCCUUGGUAGGCAGAACCUACGCUCACAAGAUCGGCAACCUUUGUAGCAAAAGCGAGUCGGCCGUCAAAUCAUCCACGGAAAUCUUCACACUAGGGCCGGUCGCCCCCCUCAAGAGCUUUGUCUAUAUGCCACGCACAAUUACACGCCAAUCUUACAAACUCGAACAAACCCUAGACAGCGUGAUCGACAGAGUCGGCACGGACCACCAUCACCUGGCCGUGCUCCUCAGCGACGUCAAAACCAAAUCGAAGACCUGCUUGAUCAAAUUCAUGGACAUUUCCGGGUACCAUAUCGAGUGUGGAGACCUCGACAAAGCCCCUGGCAUCGUCGACCUAACUCUUUUCCGGAAAGCGAUGAGAGAAGCUCUUGCUACAGCGCGGGAUAUCGGCACCAAGAAUAUUGGACGGCACAACUAA